AUGUACUCCUCUCCCAUCCUGAGGAUGCAGCCUACCCGGCGCUUCGCCUUCCCUACUCCUAAGGAGGGCCAGAGCGCUCACACCAUCUCUCAGCGUCUGCGCACUCUGAAGAAGAUCCCCCCGGAGUUGCUCCCUCUCGGUCUCGUCCUUGGUGUCGCCAUUGGAGCUGCCAUUUACUCCAGCACCAAUAAGCUCAUGACCGACAAGACCCUCCGUCUUACCCCCAACCGUCCCGAGGACCGUGAGCACUAA